AUGAAAGUCGCAAUCGCGAUCAGCUCCUUCCUCGCCUCCGGCGUGGUUUCAUCCGCCAUCGCAGGCCGUCAAGCAAAAGCUAGGUGUGAUGCACCGGUAUAUCUAGACGCCAAAACGAACAUCUUCCUCAACUACACCCUCCAUCCGAAUAGCCUGUGGCGCAAACAGAUCCUGGAAGUUGCCGACAAUAUCACCGAUGCUGAGCUAAAGAAGCGAGCAUUGAGCGCGGCGGACCAAGGAACGUUCGUGUGGAUCGAGAAGCCAGAGCAUGUAGGUCGGAUCGAAGAAGUCGUGAAAGACGUCCCUUGCAACCAUGUGCUUGGGCUCGUGCUCGCUUCUCUGCCAUACAAAGAGUGCCUUUCGAUUGGCAUACCUCCCGCGAGCGAUCCUUGGUCGUACGAAGAGCGCAUCAUCCAGCCAAUGCAAGCCGCCAUUAAAGCGAAUCCAAACAUCCCAUUUGUAGUAAUCAUCGAGCCGAACGUCGUAGGAGAAGUAGCCCUGAACGGGAAUUACUCCAUGUGCGGGCACGUUGUACGCUCGUGGCACAAGAACGUCCCUCUGGUGCUAAAGAGCCUCGAUCUCCCGAACGUGAUAACGUAUCUUGAUGGUGCACAUGGAGGUUGGCUUGGAUGGCAGGAUGCGCAAAAACCUGGUGCACAAGUCCUCGUAGAUACAUGGAAAGCCAGUGGUGAGCUCAAGCAGUUUCGCGGAAUAGCUAUCAAUGUAGCCAGCUACAAUUCUUGGGACCUGUCCCCAGGGGAGAUGUUCGAAGGCGAGAAUACCUGCUACGACAUAGAGAACCCGGCACGCAACGAGCAAAGAUACCUCAACAUAAUGCGAAAGCACAUCAGUGAGCUCAACGUCGGCAUGCCCCUCUUUGGCAUCAUGGACACCUCUCGCACAGGGGUCUUCGGGAUUCGUCGAAACUGGGGAGACUGGUGCAACGUUAAUGGAGCCGGAUUCGGUCGCAGUCCCUCCUCCAAUACUGGAGACAAGAAUCUGGAUGCUUUCAUUUGGGCCAAGUGGGGAGGAAUAAGCGAUGGCACAAGCGAUCCAGCAGCAUAUACCUACAACAGCUUUUGCGGAUUGGACGACGCGUUCAAGCCCAUGCCAGAAAGGGGGGGGUUCAGUCAAGCGUAUUUCGAGAUGCUAUUGCGAGAAUGGAAGCCAAAGGGAUAUUUUAGUGGGCUUUGGAACGGAAGGAGGCGUUAUCUUGGAUCCAGGAAGGCAGAUCGUCGAUGUGGUUAG